UGAGCUUCGCCUCCCUCUAUGGCGCAUUUCGCACCUCUAACAACUUUUUUUUAGCAGAUAUUGCGAUUUAUGCGGAGUCGGUGAACAAGUUGAGUCACAACUGAACGAUGGACUACAUCAGGUAGGAGGAUUCAAGAAACCAUGUCCCCUAGUCGCAAUAUUUCUUGAUAAGUGCAAGAAGAGCGACGAAAAGUAUAAGAUGAGAAAAUUGAUCAGUUUGCCAAAUAGGGACACGCUUGAACACUUCAUUCGAAAUAAGGUGAAAGGUAUCGAUGACGAAAUCAAAAAACGGCUCAACAAAGGGAGAGGUCGAUUUCAAGUGUUUCUCAAUCUCAUUGCAGCCGAUAAACCGUCAAUAUCGCAAAAACGCUGGUUUGAUAGCUCCAAGGAGUGCAAGUGCUGUAACACCGGUUCAAAUUCGUGCGGUUCACUCUCCUACCUCUACUGCAACAUCGAAGAUUGUAAGAGUGGCUGGGCUUUGCAAUGUCUCCACAAUACAGCCAGGAUAGCUGCUUGUUAUACCGUAGAGUUUAACUACAGAAUGACAACAUCGUACGCGGAUGUAGUGGAAUUUCUUCAACAGAAUGGCUAUCCAAAUCAGGAAGCUCACAUGACACAACCUAGAAUGAUGUAA